UACAAUGUAUAAAUAAGAAUUGAAUUUUAAAUAAUUUUUUACAGUUUUACAUUGAAGAUUGUCUGUAAUAAAUAAAUUUAAAAUGAUAAAAUUUCUUUGCGUAUUAGUUGUUUUCUUUGCUAUUGGAUAUGCAUUGGAGAAAAAAGCUGAAUUUACUAAGGCACGUUUUAUAAAAGGAAUAAAUUAUCCUGGUCUAACUAUAAAAAUAAAAAAUGAUAAAACUGAAUUUACAUGGAAUGAACCAAUUAGUGUAGAUAAAAAUUCUUUAAGAGCUACUUUUAUUAUUAAAUUUACAAAUCUCAAUAAAAUUGAGUCUGUUGAUCUAGACAAUCUGUGUGGUACUAAUGAAAAAGCUUCAUUUAAAGAAAGCGUUCAACUCUUUAUUUUGAAAACUAUCGCUGAUGUUAAUACUUGUCCGAUCAAAAAAGGAACACAAGCCACAUUUAGUGUACCUUCAGCUUUUUCGUAUACGAUGAAUGGAAAUUUGUGUGGACCAUUUCGAUCGGAAAUGAAAGUGUUUAGAAAAAAGGAUAAUGGAAAUACCAAUCCAUUAUUUACCGGGAUGUUUGAAGGAAAUAUCACAGGCUGUUAAGAAGAAUAAUUAAAAAAAGGUUCAUUUAAACAAAAUAAAACAAAAAAUAAUUCCUAACAUUUAAUUUAAUAAAGUAAUGAUAAAAACAUAA